GCUACCAGCGAUAGUUUUGAUCAGUUGUAUCGUGUCAGUAGAAUGAACUUCUUGAUAGUAACAUAUGCCACCAUUUUGGUUGCAAUUUACGCCUCUGCCCGAACAGAAGCUCAAGAGGACGUUCCAGGAAUAAAAGUUCCUGCUUCAGCUCUGGCGCGAUCAACAAUUCCAGGAACCUGUGCCGCAAAUGGAGACGUUGUUUGUACCACUUGCAAUACGUUAUCAAUUUGUAUCAAUGGAAAUCCAACAGCAGAAGUCACUUGCGGUGGAGAUUUUCCCUACUGCAAUCCUGGAUCCGUACAGGCCAGUUGUUCCGCCACUCCUGCCGCUGGCUGUGGAGGCAGCGAUAAUGGUGGUGCGGCUCCUAUAGUUUGUUCAUCGAUUGGAGUUUUUCCAGAUCCUUUAAUCUGCACCAGCUACCACGUUUGCCGGGAAGGUCAAACCACUUCCGAUCUGUACGUCUGUCCGUCCGGUACUCGUUUCAAUCUUGCCACCAGCCAGUGCCGCGCUCAAACCAACACCAAUUGUGUCACUAUUCGGUGCAACACCACAAACAGUGGAUUUGCGUAUUACGGAACCUCCCGCCAGUACUAUGCGUUUUGCUCUGUUACCAAUGGUGUCGCAACCCCGUACAUUCUCAAGUGCCCCAACCGAGCUACGUUUAGCAUGAAUACAUUGUCCUGUGUGUACAGCUGUCCCGGCCAGGGUAACUUUGUGAACACGAACGAUCCGACCACGUAUUACCAGUGUUAUAUUCUUAACGGACGCUGGGUGGCCGAUCUGAGACGAUGCCCCACUGGCACUAGCUUCAACCAAACGCUGACGUACUGCGUUUAGUUUGUUCUAACAUCGUGAAGCCAAACGAAAUUUCAAUUUGUAAAAAUACUUCAAGAACACUAGCAAUAAAUUAAUUUGAACAAAUUAAA